AGCCUGUUUAGCAGGCUCCCGUAUUUCUUCUAAACGCAAUGCCCAUGAUUGGGCUCUCCAUGUAAGAUGCCAUCGAAAUGGAACCCCUUCCUGUACAUCAAGACCGCCUUUAACACCAUCGAACACGUGAAGUUCGUGCCAGGAGCCAAAAAUCCUGAUAAACCGCAGUUUGUCGACCGCUUCCUGUUCUGGCGGCAAAAUGCACUCCGGGUUGGCUGCUCCGCUUCCCUCAUUUGGCUUGUGCUGAGCCUGAAUGACUUUCAAAUGGCAUGGAGAAACGUGCGAGUGAAGCUGGAUGCGUUCCCAGAGAUGGUUCGGCCAUACUUUGAGCGCUUCAUUUAUGCGGAGCUGUUGGCAAACACGCUGUCGGAGAUGUCUGGGGUGGUGGCGGUGUUUGUCUUCAUGCGUGCCUGGAAAGAACAAGACAACUUCGAAAGGAGUUCUGAUCUCACCCGACUGGGGUGGUUCUUCAACACUAUGGGCCCGUUCAUGCCCUAUUUGUUAGUCCCUCUGGCCUUCUUCUUCCGCGUGGACUACUUUCAGCGCGAUGUAUGCGCCUCGAUCGUCGGCAUGCUGGCGCACGACCCGCUGAGCUCCCUGGUCUUCGCAGAAGCAGCCAGCCAGGUGGGUGAGCCAGAGCUCUCAGCGGCGCUGGGCAACCCCAUGGCGAAGCCUCCACGCUUCGGGGAGCCAGGCUUCGACGAAUCUCCGGCAGCCAACUGGUGCUGGAGAUAUUAUGCGGAUUGGCAACCCCGCCUCUUCAGCGAAGCGUGGAUGGGGAAUUCAAUGACCGAUGUUAGCGACGGCCAUUCAAUCGAAAUCCCUCAGUUCACCUCUUCUGUGUACGCAGGGGUCAUCCCGAAGGCCCUUCAGAUGCUGGCAACACUCUUUGGGCAGGCCCACGUUAUGGAGGAUUCCUACUGCGACGACAAGGAGGGAGACAUCACCAAAGACAACAUGAAGGCGGUGGGAGCGCAAAACGCGGCUUCGCUGCUUCAAGGCGGCGGCAACACGCCCAACUGGAUGCAGGACUGGAGUCCCUCCAUCCGGAGCGAUGAUCCUAGCUUGGCGUCCUUGAGGCAGAAGCUCAUCAAGGCAUACAACAACAUCAGCCACGCGCCAGCGCAGGUCAGCAGGGUGGCCAGGUCGGCACUGAAGGAAGCCGCUGACGUUAGCAAAUCUACGUUUCAGCAUCUUCCUGGUGCCGAGUUCGUGUGGCCGCUACCUGAUCACUUCCACUUGUCGAGCAAGCCAAGCCGCGGGAAGUUCAUGAGGCGCGGGUCCGCAGCCGUGGAUGCAGCGGGAAGGCUGGAGGCGGAGGCUCAGUUCCUUGAGAUGGGCGGUCCUGACAUGGGGGCCAUGGCGGGCGGCCUCGGCAAACGAGCCACUUGCACCUUCAAGGCGCUGGUCAUCGCUGCGAUGAAGAUGUGCGCGUUUUGCUACAUCCUGGUCACAACAGCUGUCAGCAUGUACUGCGCGGUGAACUACAGCCUGCCAUUGGCCUCGCUGAUCAUCGGGGUGGUGGACGGCCUCGCCGCGGGCGUAGAGAACGUGAAAGCGGUGCUUUACCGAUCAUGUCUGCCCGGGUACUUGCAGUCCAUUACGGUCUUCGUAACCCUACCAGGUAUCUUGUUCGUCCUGGUCUUUUUCUCCCAGAUCGGUGGCAGCCCCUUCCUGAGUCUGAGCAUGUGCUGCUUGGCGGUCUGGCGCGCCCUGGACUUCUACAUUGGUGAGAUCGGCAUCGACAUAAAGAGUCGCAAGAAGCUGGAGAAGGCUGUUGACAGAGUCAAGAAGCAGAAGAAGAUGUGUCUGCUGGCAGCAUUUGGGUUGUUUGUCGCGCACACCCUCUACACGAUGUAUGCUACGCGGAUGAGCGUGACCAUUGACACCAGCGGUGCAAGGGACGCGGCCGUCAAGAAAUUGCAAGAUCCGCUCCAAUUGAUUAAGGCUCUCACAAAGAUUAUUUACGUCCGUGUCUUCACAAAGAUGGUGACGACGAAUUGGAUCCUGGAAGCCGUGUUUGAUGCUGCAGACGACCACCUGAAAGUCAACAAGGAAAAAGGCAAGCACGUGGAGGAGGCUUGGGCAAAGCUUACUGCGGGGAAGAGGAAGAAGAAGAAAAAGAAGAAGAGGAAGGGUGAUGAGACCGAAGAAGAGGAGGGUUGGUACGACGACGAAGGCUGGUACUACCCCCCUCCUGGUGCCGAAGGCAUGGGGGAGGUGCCAGACAUGCCACCGGACAUGCCACCCGGUGAAGGCGCAGAAGGCGCGGAAGGCGCAGAAGGUGCGGAAGGUGCUCCACCGGACCCCGCGGCUGCGGCGCCAGACCCCGCGGCUGCGGCGCCGGACCCCGCAAUGCCGGCGCCACCACCGGCGUCCGCAACGCCGGCAACUGCAGCACCGGCAGCGCCUGCCCAGGCUCCGCCAAGCUGAGCCAGUGGUAUGCGACA